CUGGCAUCCUUUCAGCUGGGAGGUUCUUAUGAAAAUACUGCCCAUUUCUAUCCUUUCGCAAGUAUCAUCCGGAUGUGGAGUCCUAUAUACCUUGGGAUUAAUAUGAAUCCUUAGACUGACUCAAAAUCUUUAUUUUCUCGACCAUAGAGUGCCAUAAGGACAUAUUUUAUAUUCACUUCUGUUAGAAGGCAAACUAAUUCCUUCUCUCUUCCAGAGGUUUCGGGAGCACCAUGUAUUUCGCAGACUAUCACGGCCAUGGCGUUUCUCAUAUGAGAACAGAGCCUUUGAGAAAGAAAAUCAAGCUGGAAACAGAAGAGAGAGUAUGCACAAGUAGGGAUAGAAGCACUUUCAGCCGAUGGCAGGAGAAGAAAGAGUCACGGUCUUUAGAAAUAGACAGCAAAGCAGAAGAGAAGAGGAUUGAGAAAAAUAAAGUUUCGGAUGUAAAGCAGGAGGAAGAAGGACGAGAAGAAAGUCUGAGAGAGGUUGGCGAAGCGAAGGAUGGAACGAAAGGAGCCGAAGAAGAGAAGAAUGAGAAAAAGUGGCUGAAGGAGGAGAGUGAAGGAGAGGAAGAUGCAGAUGCUGAAGAAAGGAGGAUGAAGAAGAGCAAAGUGGAGGAAGGAAAGAGAGAAGGAGAAGAGGAUGAGGAGGAAUUGGGUGGAAAAGCAUUGAGGAAGGAAGGAACGGAUUUAGCAGAUGGAUAUGGGCUGCCAUCCCAAAUCCAGAGCGAAUGCGAUUUCGGAGAGAUGAAAUCAAACAAAAGGAAGGAUAGCAAAGAAAUAGUGGAGGAUUGCAGGAGAAAGAGGGUCAAGAAGAGCAAGAGCAAAAGAGGCGUCCAGAAAACAAGGCCGAGGAAGAGAAAAGCGGUGGAAGCGGAGGGAUGCCUAAGGAAGAAGAAGAAGAAGAGAGAAGAAGGAGGGAAGGGGAGAGGAGACUCGAAGGAGGAGAAGUGGAAGUGGUGGGAAGAGAGGAAGUGUGAGGAUGGGGUGAAGUGGCUUCAGCUUCAACACAAAGGACCCUAUUUCGCACCACCUUACGAACGUCUUCCGAAUUGUGUCAAGUUCUAUUACAAUGGUAAGCCAAUGAAGCUCAGUCCCGCCGCAGAGGAGGUGGCAACGUUCUUUGCCAAGAUGCUCAAGCACGAAUACACAAAAAAGGCCGUCUUCCGGAGGAACUUCUUCAACGAUUGGACCAAGGAGAUGACACCAGGAGAGAGGAGGAAAAUCACAGACCUGCAGAAAUGUGACUUCAGAGAGAUCCAUCAGUAUUUUGUUGAGAAAAGUGAGGCCCAGAAAGCUCUAACCAAAGAAGAGAAAAAGAAAUUGAAAGCUGAGGCAGAAAGAAUCCAGGAGGAAUACGGCUACUGCAUCAUUGAUGGACACCGGGAGAAGAUUGGCAACUUCAAAACGGAGCCUCCGGGUCUCUUCCGGGGUCGCGGGGACCACCCCAAGAUGGGGAUGCUCAAGAAGAGGAUCCAGCCGGAAGACGUCAUCAUCAACUGCAGCAGGGAUUCAAAGAUCCCUUGUCCCCCUCGAGGCCACAAAUGGAAAGAAGUGAGAAGUGACAACACCGUCACCUGGCUGGCAUCGUGGAUGGAGAAUAUUCAGGGGGCCAUAAAAUACGUUAUGCUGAACCCCAGUUCAAAGUUGAAGGGGGAGAAGGACUGGCAGAAAUACGAAGUGGCCCGCCACUUGAAAGGGGUGGUCAAGAAGAUCCGCACUCGGUACCGAGCCGACUGGAAAUCCAAGGACAUGAAGAAGCGGCAGAUAUCGGUGGCACUCUACUUCAUCGACAGGCUGGCCUUGAGAGCCGGGAACGAGAAGGAGAAGGGCGAGACGGCCGACACGGUGGGCUGCUGCUCCUUGCGCGUGGAGCACAUCACGCUGCACCCGCGGCUGGGCGGCAAGGGGAAUGUCGUGGAGUUCGAUUUCCUGGGGAAGGAUUGUAUACGCUAUUAUAACCAGGUGCCUGUGGAGAAGCAGGUCUUCAAGAACUUGCAACUAUUCAUGGAGAACAAAGAUCCCAGAGAUUGCUUGUUUGAUCGGCUGUCUACCACUUCCUUGAAUAAACACCUCCAGGACCUGAUGGAUGGCUUGACAGCCAAGGUCUUCAGAACAUACAAUGCGUCCAUCACUCUGCAGGAACAACUGGAUGAGUUGACAAAGGAGAAAGACAGUGUUGCGGCUAAGCUGCUUUCCUACAACCGGGCCAACCGUGCAGUUGCCAUCCUGUGCAACCACCAGCGGGCAACGCCAAAGACCUUUGAGAAGUCUAUGAAGAACCUUCAAGCAAAGAUCGAUUGCAAAAUUGACCAGUUGCAGGAUGCAGAAAAGGAGCUGAAGAGAGCACAGGCAGAAUGCAGAGCCAAAAAGGAUGCCAAAUCCAAAGCUGCUCUGGAGAAGAAAAAGCAGCGAAUAGAGAAGAUUGAAGAGCAGCUGGCAAAGCUGGACAUGCAAGCCACAGACAAGGAGGAAAACAAGCAGAUUGCGCUGGGCACGUCCAAGCUGAAUUACCUGGAUCCCCGCAUCAGCGUGGCCUGGUGUAAACGGUUCGACGUUCCCAUCGAGAAGAUUUACAACAAGACCCAGAGGGAGAAGUUUGCUUGGGCCAUCGCUAUGGCAGAUGAGGAUUUCGAAUUCUAGCAAGACUCUUUCAAGUUGCAAUUUGCCAACUUUGUUUGGGACGUCUAUCGUGUCCUCUUUUGUGAAUGUAAAAUACAGUAAAGGAAGAUCUGGUG